UGAGGAUCGAACGCGAUUAUUUAUCCCUGCUUAGACUGGGAAAGAUAAAAUAGUGUUGGAUCAGCGAUCGGAAUUAAUUAAUGAAAAUGGAGGAGCAAGCUUUGGUUGACGCUGAAGUUUUCAAGUGUGAUUUUUGUCACCUGCACUACAACCUCUAUAAGCGUCGAGCAAAACUGUUAACCUGUAACCACAGUUUCUGCCUCAAAUGUCUUCAAGGCCUGCAGACCUCCAGAGAAAUCGUUUGUCCAUCUUGUCAGUACAUAACGAACGUCGGGCCUACAGGCGUUGUUUCACUAAGGGACAACGGCUUCAUUCUUCCGAGAUUAAAGGAUGUACCAAAGGAAGAGAUUUUAGCCAGCGACAAAGACCUAGAUUCUUUUAUAGACAUGAGCGACUUCAACGUAACUCGUCUCUCCAAUGGUUCCUCUUCUAAUAAUAUGAUCGUUCAAAGGCCAAACAUGAAAAGGCCCAUGUGGUUCUGUCGGUCGUGCAACAAACCUGCACACACAAAUUGCAUCGAGUCGCAUGACCUGUGCCAGUAUGAGGUCAGGGUGAGGGAGAUGGAGGAAGAGCUGACCAAGAUUCAGCGCUUGGUGUGCGGCCGCGCCUCUAAGGCAAUGCACGUCUCGGACCAGCUACACAUGCUCACCGUGGCCAUGGAGGAUGCUUGGGAGGCGCUAAAAAUUAACCUAACUCAAAUGCAGAAGGAGUACAAAGACCAAUUAAAGUCUAUUAGCGAAUCAAAAGCACAUCUGGAAAUGACAAUUGGACAAAAGGACAAAUGGGGCAUCGAGGAGGCGCGUGCGGGCAACCCAGCCUUGCUGCAGGACAAGAUAAACCGCUUGCAAGAGCACGGCGAGACCCUGGAGUACAAGUCUCGUAUUUUCGAAGACGCGAAAGCGCAGUGGACUGUAUUCACUAACUGCACGGCGCAAAUUAAGCUGAAGGAAAUGAGUACAGCAUUCCCACUGGGCAAUUUUGACAUCAAUUUGGACCUGCACGAGCAGAACGCCAGCCCCGAGUGCCUUUGCAUGAUGUACUCAAUUUAUAAAUAUGUGGAAAACCGACUGCAGACCAAGAGAAUGGACAGCAUGCUCGGCGAUGUUAAUGCUUUUGGAUCCAACACUGUUAAAGAUAUAGCGGUUAAUCAUCAUAGUGCAGCUCCUGUAGUAAGAGAACGUAACAACAACGAGAAUGGUUACCAACUUCAAGUAGUGGACAGCAAACCUAAAGCAACGAUAGCUCAGAUAGUGGCAACAACAGCAGCUGCGGCUCCAGCCCAGCCGCCACCGAAAGCAGUUGCCUCUAUUCCCAAGCCUCUGGCCAAGACAAAGUAUGCAGCAACUGUCUUCUGUUUUUUUGAUCUAUCGCACAAUAAUGAGGAUAUCGGAAGGGUUAUCAUGGAGGUGUAUUUCAGCAAAGCACCGAUAAUGGCUCGCAAUUUUAUUGAGCUGUGCACAGGCGUCCACGGUAUUACUUACAAGUUCACGGACCUGUGGCAGGUGCCGGACAACGACCAUGUGGUGGGCGGCAAUUUGCGCGACGGCGACAAGAUAUCAAUUUACGACCGCAAGGUGUUCAACGGAGAUGCAUCGCCGCUGCACGACGGCGUUGGCAUGCUGCGGAUGCGCGGCCAUGGCACCACGGCCAAAGGCGAGGCGGUCGUUGGCUCGCAGUUUAUGAUUUGGAUGAAGCAAAAGAUUUUCAAGAACUACGCGCGCACCCUGGUCUUUGGCAAGGUGAUUAACGGCAUGGAGGUGCUGCAGAAGGUGCCCACCAUGGUGAACAAGAAGGAGGGCCAAAUCACCAAACGCAUCGUGCCGUGCCGCAUCAUGGACUGCGGCACCUGCGACGGCCCUCGAUGAUUUAACAAAAUUAAUUACCUAGAUAAAAUAAUUGCAACGAAGGCGAGGGAUAAAAUUAGAAUUUAAAUCUGCUGUCCCAAAAACUAAUAUUGAGUGUUUCCAGGAAAAUUUUGAAGAGAAAUUAAAUAUUUUAAUACUGAAGUUUAUUAGAUAUGUCAAUAAACUGGUACUGAUCUUGGGAGUUAAAAUUUGUAAUAAUUGAUACUCUUUUAUAUCAUUAAUGACUAAAAUCUUAAUAUUAAAUUAAUAUUUCCUCCCAUUGAGCAUUCAAGCAUUUCUGAAUGGCAAAAAAAUAUAAUCAGCUUGUCCACUUAAAAACCGACAGCGCCACCGUUAAUUUUGAAUUUUCAAGUGCUACGAUAUCAGAUUUAAUUUAAAAUAUUUAUUUUGACGUGCUGAAAACCAAAAUCGGUUCAGUCAAUCCCCCUACAAUUAAAUCAACAAAAAGUCGAAGUUUCUUUAAACGGCUGAACUGGUUCUGGUUUUCUGCGCAUUAAAUAAAUUAUUAUCUAACCUUUAAUGCACUUUCAAUCUGUAGUAUCUGUGCCUGAAAAUUGAUAACCCCGCAUGUAAGCGACUUUAAAAUAAUUUUCCUGCUUUGCCCAAAUUUACACUGAAUGACAAGUGAAUUAGCUGAUUUUUAAGACCUAACAGGCCUCUCAAAAUUAUUUCCUGUACACACUCAACAAAUUAAAUCAGUCAAAAAUGGAUAUUUGCAUUUAAAAUGACCGUCAACAAUUAGAUCAUUUGAUAUUAGUAUAUAUCGUCGGAAAACCAGGUUGAACACAUUGGCAGAAUAUUAUUGAUCUUAAAACAGACUCAAGAAAGUGCCUUUUAUACGAAUUGUCGAAUGCUAAUGUUAAAUAAAAAAAUCAUAACCGAGCAAAAUGAACAAGAUUCUUCCAAUAACUACUGAGAUCACACAAUUUUCAAGUCUUAUUGACUGCUUCCCAAAUAAUAAUUGUAUGAAAGUAAAUGCUGUCAUAUCAUAUUGUGUAUAAAUAUUUACCCCCAAAACAGAGAUGAUAAUCUCUUGAGGCUAUCAACUUUUGUAAUGCGAUUAAAAUGUAACAGCUUAUUUUGUUUAUUAAGUGGCUCUUGUAGUUAAUUACAGCAUGAUCAUAAUAAAAUAAAUUUCGAUUUCUUUCCAAGUA